UUGCCAAUUGGUUUCCGAACUUAAAACGUUAUAGAAUUUUUUCAGGUCAAUCUCAAGGUCAAAUCCACAUCACCCGAGGUCAUCGUCAGAUCGUGGCGUGACUUCCUUAUUACCUGCUUAACUUGUGUCUAGAAUCUCUGUACAAUGUCUGCCAAGGCAAUUUACGAAGCCAAGGGUAAGGAAAUCUUGAACAAGUUUCUUGGUCACCAUGCGGUCAAGAAUCGCUACGCCACAGUGACAGUGGACACAAACUGGGACCAACUGGUGAUAGAUCACCCCUGGCUGUCUACAGAGAAACUGAUAGUAAAGCCAGACCAGCUUAUCAAAAGAAGAGGCAAACUUGGGCUGAUCAAAGUGAACACAGAUUUGCAAGGAGUGAAGGACUGGCUGGCCAACAAGAUUGGAAAAGACUUUCAGAUUGGCAAAGCUGUAGGCAAACUGAAGAACUUCAUAGUGGAACCCUUUGUACCUCAUGAGCAGAAUGAAGAGUUCUAUGUCUGUAUCUACUCUCAUCGUAGUGCCGACACUGUGCUGUUCCAUCACGAGGGAGGUGUGGAUAUCGGCAAUGUGGAUGACAAGGCAGUCAAAGUGGAUGUUUCUGUUGGAGAAAACUUAACAGAACAAGACAUCAAGGACAAAUUACUGACAAAGGUUCCUGCUGACAAACAAGAGAUUCUGAGCCAGUUUAUUGCUGCCCUGUACAAAAUAUAUGUGGAUCUCUACUUUACUUAUCUAGAAAUCAACCCACUAGUGGUCACAAAAGGUGUUGUCCAUGUGCUGGACUUGGCAGCCAAACUUGACCAGUGCGGGGAGUAUCUGUGUAAACAACAGUGGGGAGAGGUGGACUUCCCGCCCCCCUUUGGACGAGAUGCUUAUCCAGAGGAGGCAGCAAUAGCAGACCUAGAUGCCAAGACAGGAGCCUCUCUGAAGCUGACAGUGCUCAACAAAAGUGGGCGUAUCUGGACCAUGGUGGCAGGGGGCGGGGCUUCUGUCAUUUAUGCAGACACCAUCUGUGACCUAGGUGGCGCCAGUGAGCUGGCUAAUUAUGGAGAGUACUCUGGGGCGCCCAAUGAGCAGCAGACGCACGAGUACGCCAAGACAGUCCUGUCGCUGAUGACACAGGAAAAACAUCCAGAUGGUAAGAUCUUGAUCAUUGGUGGUGGUAUAGCAAACUUUACCAAUGUGGCAACUACCUUCAAGGGCAUAGUUAAAGCACUGAGAGAGUACCAGCAACAGCUCAUAGAACACAACGUAAAGAUUUACGUCAGGCGAGCAGGACCUAACUACCAGGAAGGAUUGAGGGUGAUGAGGGAACUGGGCGAGACCCUGGGUGUUCCUAUCCAUGUGUUUGGUCCUGAGACCCACAUGACAGCUAUUGUUGGUAUGGCACUAGGCACCAGAGAGGUCCCCAGACCACAACCCAAACAGUUGACCACUGCUAACUUCUUGCUGCCUGGAGGGUCUCCGUCAGUGAGUCGUAAAGGUUCAGAUGCAGAACUCCACAAACCUGGCAGCAAAGGGGGCGACACCAACACCUCCAUGGAGGCCCAGCUUUCUUCCAAUAAGGAAAUCUCUCAUGAACCUCUGUUCACUCGUACAACGAAGGCGAUCAUCUGGGGAAUGCAGAAUCGCGCAGUGCAGGGAAUGCUGGACUAUGAUUUUGUGUGCUCGCGGAAAGAGCCCUCUGUUGUAGCGCAGGUCUAUCCUUUUGUGGGAGAUCACAAGCAGAAGUUCUACUUUGGCCACAAGGAAGUGCUUAUACCAGUGUACAAGAACAUGGCAGAUGCUAUGAAGAAGCACCCAGAUGCAGAUGUACUGGUCAGCUUUGCCUCUCUGCGGUCAGCAUAUGACAGUACCAUAGAAACUAUGCAGUAUCCUCAGAUCCGCACCAUAGCCAUUAUAGCAGAGGGCAUCCCAGAGAACCUGACCAGGAAAAUUAACAAGAUGGCCAGAGAGAAGGGAGUGACCAUCAUAGGCCCGGCCACUGUUGGUGGGAUCAAACCAGGCUGCUUCAAGAUAGGCAACACAGGAGGUAUGCUGGACAACAUACUGGCCUCCAAACUCUACAGGCCUGGCAGCAUUGCCUAUGUCUCCAGAUCUGGUGGAAUGUCCAACGAGCUGAACAACAUCAUCUCUCUCAACACUGAUGGAGUGUGUGAAGGAGUCGCCAUAGGAGGAGACAGGUAG